UUGGAUCCCAAAGGGAAGCAGAAUAACCGGAAGAGGAAGUGAGCUAGUACACAGUGCUAAAGAUAAGACCAAAAAUACAGCUUAAACUCUGGUUUUAAUGGAAAAACAGGACAGUCAAAACGACAAAAACGAAUAUUGUUGUGCUUCUGAUAACGUUUUCUCGUUUAAUUAAAUCUCGACAAGCUGAUACGGGCUAGCAGGGUAAGCUAGCCAGGCUAACAGAGGCUGAUAAAGUUAGUGGUCACUGCGGCUCCGUCCCAAACCGAAUAUUCCUGUGAGGUAGCAGCAGGUAGCAGGGUGUUGUAUUCAACUGGUGGACUAUUUAGUGAGCUAGUGUUCGGUUUUGAAUGUGACCUUAUCCAUAUUCCGGGACUGGAAAACUUUAGUUUGUCCUUGGGGUAAACAUGUCUGUUUCAGUGAUGUGUAAAUCUGGGCUCGGGUGUCGCCGGGCUUUUCAGACAUUUCAGAAGCGUUUUAUUAUCGACAUGUCCUAUUCACAUCACUUUAUGGACUAUAAACGCUCAUCAAUACCGAGCAGCAUGAAGAAGAUGAUGGUAACCAAACGGAGCCCCAACUUCCGCCAAGCCGUUUCCGUGCAGACAGUUCCGGUUCCGACCCCGAGCGACCGCGAGCUGCUCAUCCGGAACCGAUACGUUGGCAUAAACGCAUCUGAUAUUAACUACUCAGCCGGCCGUUACGACCCUUCAGUGACCCCUCCAUUCCCAGUAGGGUUUGAGGGUGUAGGAGAAGUGGUGGCAUUGGGUUUAAGCGCCAGUUCCCAUUUCGCAGUGGGCGACACAGUGGCAUAUUUGCACGAAGGUGCAUUUGCCGAAUACACACUCGUUCCUGCGAAAAAAGUGAUUCCGUUAAAGGAGCCGCAGCCGGAAGCGUUAGCAGUGCUUGUGAGUGGAGCAACCGCAUUCAUCGCCCUGCAGCGUCUCGGGGAAAUUAAACAGGGAGAAACAGUGCUGGUGACGGCUGCCGCCGGAGGAACCGGACACUUUGCCGUCCAGUUUGCCAAGAUGGCCGGGUGCCACGUGGUAGGCACAUGCUCCUCCCGUGAGAAGGUGGAGUUUCUGAAGAGCAUCGGCUGCGAUCGGCCAAUCAACUACAAGGAAGAGGACUUAGCCGCAACACUACGCAGAGAGUAUCCUAAAGGUGUGGAUGUGGUGUAUGAGUCAGUAGGGGGCGCCGUGUUUGACCUGGCCGUUAAUAAACUGGCCCAACAUGGGCGCCUGCUAGUGGUGGGCUUCAUCUCGGGUUAUCAGAGCGAGUCAGGCCUGCAGCCUGUCAAAGGAGCCACACUUCCUGCCAAACUCUUGCAGAAAUCAGCCAGCGUGAGGGGCUUCUUCCUGCCCCACUUCCUGUCAGAGUACAGUGAGAGUGUGCAGAAAGCAAUGCAGAUGCAAGAGGAAGGGAAGCUAUUGUGUGCCAUCGAUGAUGGACAGAUGGACAAGGGAGGACGAUUUGUGGGACUGGAGUCAGUGUACAGAGCAAUAGAUUAUAUGUAUGCUGGAAAGAACCAAGGCAAAGUGGUGGUGGAAGUUAGUCCUCCUGACAUCUGAAGAGGGUGUAAACUGAUACAUCAUCUGUAAAAUGACAAUAACAUCUGUAAAAUAUACUUUUUUCAAUGAUCAUAUGUUGUGUCCAAAAGAAUAAACACCUCUUACAAUGCUAUAUAUCUGGGAAAACGUGAAUUAUCCAAUGACUAAUCUAUGUUUAUAAAUAAAGAGCUUGUAAAUGAA